AUGGCUAUCGGAUUGCAGCGGCUCCUGGGGAUUGCACUACUCUCGAGCGCAGUCAAUGUCGUCGCGUGCUCGUCCGCGGAUCUGUCAAAGAUUCACGAGCGCAUGACGGACGACGAGCUUUUCUCCAUAUUCAAAGUGAAAAAUCGAACUGCAGUGCCGGACUACGAGCUCGUACCGAUCUUCCACAGAGAAAGCACUCGCGAGGGACACGGAGCUCCUCGGUCUAUUUGGCCGUCUAUCAAAGAGAUGCACUUCACCGUGUCGAGGGGAGCGGUAAAGUUGUAUCUCGAGCCGCUGGAUCACCUGCUGCUGGGAGAAAAUACACCGGUUUACGUGGCAUCCGGCAGCAAAGCACAUCCGCAUGCUGUUCGCUACGAACGAGUGAGAGAGGCGUGGCCAUCGAACUUCAGUAUGUAUCAGGAUCUAUCCAACAACGCUGCCGUGGCGAUGUUCACGGAGCCUAAUGGAAAAGUUCACUUUGAAGGAACAGUCGGCGACAAUCUCGUAAUUAAACCUAUGCCAUUCAGAUUUCAAGACACCUUUUUAUCUUUCAAUGAUAACGAAUACGACGCGAGUCAUCACUUCGUUUACAAGAAGCAACCAUGGAGUCUAUCUAGCAUUUUUGAUGAAGAAUCGGACCAGGGCAGAUUUUUCAAUCUCAUCUCGAAAAGAUACCACACCGCGCAACCAUCACCGCCGAAAGUCGAGGGCAAAGUCGAUAUCGUCUACCCCGAAGUGUUAGUGAUAGUCGACCACGAGACAUAUCUCCAGCACGGCAAGAACGUACAAGCUUUGUGCAAGUACAUGGCCGCGUUCUGGAACGCCGUGGACUUGCGUUUCCGUGGUAUGAGCGAGCCCAUAGUACGGCUAAACAUCGCCGGUCUGAUCGUGCCGAGCGACAAGUAUGGGGCACCUUAUAUGGAGUAUCAUCGCGUGGGUAAGCAUUAUCUGCGCACCAUGGAGACGCACGAGGACAUCGGUAGGUAUCUGUACAAGGACGACCGGUUGGCGAAGAGUUCGUACGACUUUGCGGUCGCCAUUACCAAUUUAAACUUGUGCCUGACCAAGGACAACGGUUGCGAUCCUUCUUCGCUCGGUGUGGCUAAGAUCGAGGGAGCUUGCGAUCACAACGAGAACGAAUCCGAUGUGGCGGUCGCUCUGUUGGAAGACGCCGGCGCUUUCGACGGCAUCCUCACUGCCGCUCACGAAAUUGGCCAUCUAUUGGGCUCCGUGCACGACGGUGAGAGUUCGUAUUUGGGGCCUGGUGCACUGGACUGCGGAUGGGACGACGGUUACCUCAUGAGCAGUACUCGCGAGACGAGCAAUGGAUUUCAGUGGUCCAGAUGUAGCAUCGAACAGAUGCGUUAUUUCCUGAGACGAGGAGGCGAGUGCCUGCGUAACAAACCAGUUGUCGAUAAACCCUAUCCCAAGAUUUUGCCUGGACAAUUGUUGUCGAGGGACGAGCAGUGUAAAAUCCUGAACGGCAUGGUUGAAUGCAAGGUUGCCGAAAACGAGUGUGGAGCACUUUGGUGCAAAAAACCCGGCCACACGUUCAAUUAUCGCUGCGUGAGCACACGGGCACCGGCUGAAGGUUCAUCGUGCAUCGGUGGAGGUAUUUGUCUGGAUGGCAAGUGCGUGCAUAAAGUCGAGGAGAACAAUGGGGUGGCUGAAAGAAAGACCGCCGUAACUCUAUUGGGAUGGAGCUGAUAUUAGACAUAGAUGGACGGCUCAACCACACUACCAAGAAUACUUGGUGAAUAGAUUGUCAGGUCGUGCCAGUUGUGCGUAAUGAUGUACAACAAGAUCAAAAAUUUCGACGACUCACUGUAAUUUUGAUAUGUUGUGCCAUGCUCAUAAUAUUUCAUUAGA